AUGAAGUUCAAUCUCCAUCCCUCCGUGAAGGCUCCGCCUGUCGAACACGUCGAGUCUGUACCCGGGGACCUCAAAGCGUCUGAUGCGGAAUUCGAUGCGGCCGCAAAAGGCCAAGCAACUUCCGGAUACGAAACUCUCGGGAUAAUUGAAACAAUCAAGAAGUUCAAGAUAUGUACUGUGGUUUGUUUCGCUAUGGCCUUUAGUGCCGCGACGGAUGGGUAUCAGAUUGGCAUCAACGCCAGUAUCAUCGCUAACUCCGGGUUCGUGGAUCGUUUCGCAACUGAGAUCGGCAAAGACGGCUCUCCGGCCCUCGCGUCUCCUAUCCUCAGCGGCUGGAGCUCCAUCAUGUCUUGCGGUCAAAUCCUCGGCAUGACCACUCUCGCCUUCAUAUCUAGUCGCUUCGGCCGCAAAGUCGCUAUGUAUUUAUACUGGCUCAUCCUCGUCGGAAGUGUCAUCGCCGAAUGUCUCGCCAAGUCAUGGCCCGCGUGGCUAAUUGCCAAAUUACUUGCCGGGAUGGGCGUUGGUGGCGUGCAGUCGACCGUCCCAACUUAUAUCUCUGAGGUAGCACCUGUUCGGAUCCGUGGUGGCCUGUUGAUGUGUUAUAGUCUAUGGUGGACGCUGGGGUCGUUCUUUGCCCAGGUGGCGUUGCAGCAUCUUUCACAUACCCAUCCGGGCGAUUACCUCACUCCAAUCUAUACGCAGUGGGCGCAACUUGGGCUCAUGUUCAUAAUCUAUAUCUGCGUCCCAGAGUCUCCUGUCUGGUGCGUGAAUGUCGGCAAGUACGAGCGCGCGAAAAGACAACUACGCACACUCUACCGCGGCGUGAACGACUAUAAUCUCGAGCAGCAGUUCCAGGUAAUCGUGCUAUCCGUUGAACACGAGAAGGCCGUUGCUGUCGAACAGCGUCGCGAGAAAUGGUAUAACAUUUUCCGCGGCACGGACGGUGUUCGUACUGUCAUCUCCCUCUGGACGAACCUCUCGCAACAAUUCAUCGGACUCACCCUGUUCGGUACCUUCGGGACGUAUUUCUUUCAGCAAACGGGAUUGGAAGAUCCGUUCAAGAUUAAAGUCAUUACAUCGUCGAUACAGAUUGGGACUGUCUAUGUCGGAUUAGCAGCGAACGGUGCCACCGGAUGGGGGUACAUCGGCGAGAUCUCCUCCCAGCGUUUGCGACCUUACACCGCUGGGUUCGCGGCGGCAGCGACAUGUGUGGUUGGCGUUGUGAUGAAUGUGCUCGUGCCGUACAUGACGAACGAGAAUAAAUGGAACUGGGGACUCAAGACGGGUUGGUUCUACGUGGGUGUCGGAUUCCCCUUCACUUUGGGGAUGUGGUUUUUGAUUCCUGAGACAAAGGGACGAUCUGCUGCUGAGUUGGACGAGUUGUUUGAGAGGAAGGUGAAGCCGUGGCGGUUCCAUAAGACGAAGACCGCUACGCAGACGCUGGUGCAGAUGAAUGAACUGAGGAAGUGA